AUGGAGAUGCUUCGCAAGAAACCAGUUAUUGUGAGACGAGUCUUCGCGGAUGGGUUAGAGUACGAGUUCAAGUUGAUUAGGAGUGCUAUUCCUAUGUAUCGUUUUGUCUCGAUGGAUACUGAAUUCCCUGGUACUAUCUUUAAACCCAGUAAGCAAAUCAUCCAAGAAGGUGACCCUGCUAUCAACUACGAGUAUUUGAGAUCCAAUGUCGAUGCGCUACAAGUAAUCCAACUCGGGUUGACCCUUUCAGACUCAGAGGGUAACUUACCGGAUUUCGGUACUGCAUUAUGUUAUGUUUGGGAGUUUAAUUUCUCAGACUUUGAUGUUGAUAAGGAUGACUGUGAUUUGGAGUCCAUCGAAUUAUUGAAGCGGCAAGGUAUCGACUUUGUGAAGAACAGAGAGAAGGGUAUCGCUUCUAGUGAUUUUGCGAUGUUGAUGUGGAAUUCGGGAUUGUUGAACAAUUGUUUCGGAGGCUUAACAUGGCUUACCUUCCAUGGCGCUUACGAUUUCGGAUUCUUGAUGAAGAUCCUAACUCAACAUCCACUGCCAGUUCAUAUCCAAGGUUUUAUGAGAGAAUUGGUUCAUAUUUUUGGUCGGAAGAUAUUUGACAUCAAGCAUACUUUCAAGUUUUUUGGCUUGUUUGGUGGUUUGGAGAAGGUGGCGCAGAUGUUGAACGUUGCUCGUCUAGCUGGGUCGAGCCAUCAGGCUGGAUCCGACAGUCUGCUGACGCUUCACUGCUUCAUGGAGUUGAAGAGAUACGGAGUAUUUGAACACAACCAGAGUCCUCAUAUGCUGCCUGCACUUGCACUAUAUGGCCUGAUUUCAGUUCUAGGAUGA